AAGGGGCGGAGCCUUCACCGCCAUGUCCGUCCGCGCCGCGGGGCGGCUGCUCCUCGGGGGAGCCCCGCGACGGCACCGGGUCACCGGGGCCUCCCCCCCUAUCCCGGAGCGGCUCCGGUUGUUCGAGCGGCUGCGGGGGGAGCAGCGGGACGGGGGCGGCACCGGGGGUGGCACCGGGGAUCCCCCGCUCCCCCCGGGAACCCCCAUCAGCAUCACCCUGCCCGGCGGGAGGCGCCUGCCCGGCCGGGCCCUGCAGACCACCCCCCUGCAGGUGGCCCUGGAGCUGGGUGGCCCCAGAUCCCUGCAGUGCCGGGAACAACCCGUGCUGGCCCAUGGAGCACUGGAGCUACUGCUGGAGAGUCCUCCCCAGGGAUGGAAAACAGUGGAAUGGAGAGUGUUUCUGGAUGCAGGACAGAAGCAACGGAUCCUGACGGUGGAGAAGAAUAAGUCUGCAGCUGCCAAGGGUCAUUUUUCUGGGAGAGCCUUUUUCCAGCAGGAAACCCUCUCCCUGAACAUCAGCCCGGUCGGUCUGGAAGACAACGGGGAAUACAGAGCAGAAUUCAUUGACUUCCCAGACAUCGUUGCCAUCCAGUGCUUCCGUGUGAAGGUCUGGGAGCCCGUUCCUCAGCCGCAGCUGGAGACGCGCGUCCUGCUCCGGGAGCUGGGUCACUGCAACCUCUCCCUGCUCUGCACCCUGCCCAGCACCCACCACGUCUCCUACAGCUGGGUCUGCUCUGGGGGUCCUUGGGGAGCCCUGGGCCACCAGCCCCAGUUGAACCUGCAGGUUGAGGAGGGCAUUAAACCCACCGUGUGUCAAUGCAAUGUGAGCAACCCGGUGAGCUGGAGCACGAGCAGCAGCGACCUCGGGGCCACCUGUGGGGCUGCAGGUCCAGGGCAUUUCAGCUUCUUUCCACCCUGGGCAGUGGCCUUGUGCACGGUGCUGCCACUGGUCUUCUGCAUAGCUCUCGUUGUCACCUGCUGCUGGUGGUGGAGGAAGAGAGGAAAGAAACCCCCAGGAGAAGACACGGAGCAGACCUCAACCAUCUACGCAGUGGUGGGCCAGGACCGAACCAGCCGAGACCCCUAUGGCACCAGUGAAGCCACCACAGGAGAAAGAACCAUCUACGCUGCCAUCUGCACCGAACCACAGGGACACAAAUCCAGGUCCCCUUGGUUGGUCAACCAAGUUGGAUUCCUCAUCCCACUCCUCUGUUGCCUGAUGGCAGCUCCUUGCUCUUCUCCACAGUCUUCUUCUGCCAGGAAGAAGAGGCUGGACCCAGCUUUGGUUUCCACUGUCUACACAGAGGACACAGGGGGUUAUAGACAGCGGUGUCCCCCCUUGCACACAACACAUCCUGCUGGCCACCACUUCUCCUAGUGUCUUGGCAAGACCUUCCUUAUGGGUUUUUUUUUCUCCUGGACCACCCAGAGACCUUCAGCAGCACCUCCCAGGACCCCACCUGGUCAUUCAGGAUGAAAAUGGCCAGAGAUGGUUUUUUUUUCCCCCCCUGGAUGCAAAGC